ACCAAAGUGCAGAGGGAAAUGCUAAAAAAGCUGGGGGGUAUACUAAGGGUGAGGAAGCUGUAGCUUCCCUGAGCGCCUUGCUGGGCUAGUUGCUCCAGCAAGUGAGGAUGGGGACACGGCAGGCGAACCCAACUAGGGGCCAGUCUCACGUGUAUUGGCAGUUUUUCCUGGUCGUCUGGUGCUUAGCGGAAGGGGUGUCCCCUGACUUCACAGAUAAUGGUCCCUUCACCAUCCGCCAUGAAAACUCAGGUAAAUGCCUUAAAACUGUGAAUGGUUGGGUAGUAGCAGCGGACUGCCAGAAAACCAACGACAUGCAAUGGAAAUGGGUAUCACAGCAUCGCCUCUUCCACAUAGAAUCUCAGAUGUGCCUUGGAAUAGAUAUUGCCAAGCCAAAAGAUUCCUUGAAAAUGUUCAGCUGUGACUCAAAUGCUAUGUUAUGGUGGAAAUGUGAGUAUGGUUCUUUGUACAGUGCUUCCCAGUACAGUCUGACUCUAAAGAGUGGACAAGUGACAGCAAAUGUAAAUUCAUCCGACACCUGGACAAAAGGGGACUCCAGUGAACAUCUUUGUGACCAGCCUUACCAUGAGAUAUAUACCCGGGAUGGGAACUCUUAUGGAAGGCCUUGUGAGUUUCCUUUCUUAAUGGAUAGUGUCUGGCAUCAUGAAUGUAUUACUAGUGGAAAUCAUAAUGGGACAUGGUGUGCCACAACCUUAAAUUAUCCAUAUGACCAGAAAUGGGGAAUUUGCUUAAAACCAGAGGAUGGUUGUGAAGAUAAUUGGGAAAAGAAUGAGCAAUUUGGACAUUGCUACCAGCUUAAUACCCAGGCAGCUCUUACAUGGAAGGAAGCAUUUAUAUCGUGUCAAAAUCAAGGAGCAGACUUAGUAAGCAUCACAAGUGCUGAUGAAUUAAAUCAUCUUAAAGAUAAAGAAGGGAUCCCCAAAAUGUUCUGGAUUGGUUUAAAUCAACUAGACUCUUCAAAAGGUUGGGAAUGGUCUGACCACACCCCAUUAAAUUUUCUCAACUGGAAUCCAGAAACUCCCAGUUCACCUACAUUAAGUGGCUCAAGUUGUGUAAUAAUGAAUUCAGACUCAGGCCAGUGGCAAAGUUUUCCGUGUGAAGCUCAGUUCCCGUAUGUCUGUAAGAAGCAACUGAAUGAAACAUCGAGCUCCUCAGAUUUCUGGACAUAUUUAGAGACCCGCUGUGAUCCAGGCUGGCUGCCAAACAAUGGAUUUUGCUAUCUGCUGGUAAAUAAAAGUGGUUCCUGGGAUGAGGCAAAUGCAGAAUGCACAUCCAACCACAGUGACCUAAUCAGCAUGCAUUCGUUAGCAGAUGUGGAGUUAGUGGUCAAAAAGCUCCAUGAAGGAGAAACCAAAGAAGAAAUAUGGACAGGUCUUAGGAAUAAUGAGACACCAGCCUUAUUCAAGUGGUCGGAUGGAACUGAAGUGACUCUUACUUACUGGGAUCAAAAUGAGCCAGAUGUUCCCUAUAACAAAACUCCUAACUGUGUUUACUAUUCAGGAAAGUUAGGUCACUGGAGAGUCCAGUCUUGUGAAAAGAAAUUCAAGUACGUAUGUAAGAAAAUAGGAAAAACAAUCAACGAAACAAGAUUGGAUAAAGACUGCCCUCAAGAAGAGGGCUGGGAGAGGCAUGGAGAAGCUUGUUAUAAGCUAUAUAAGGAUGAAGUCCCCUUUGGAAUUCACUGCAAUCUGACAAUAACUAGCAGAUUUGAGCAAGAAUAUUUAAAUAGCAUGAUUAAAAAGUACAGUAGAGGUAUAGGAAAAUACUUCUGGACUGGCUUGAGAGAUGAAGAUUCACGAGGAGAGUAUAAUUGGGCAAAUGUAAAUGGGACAAAGCCAGUUGUAACCUAUGUAAAUUGGAAUUCUCUUGAGCCAGCUUCCCCUGGUGGAUGUGUGGCUAUUGCAAGUGGAAAAUCACUUGGAAAAUGGGAGGUCAAGGAUUGUAAAAGCUUCAAAGCAUUCUCUAUUUGCAAGAAGAGAAUUGGGCUCCCAGAGCAUGAGCAAACAGUUCCUAAACCUGAUGAUCCUUGUCCCAGUGGAUGGCACAGUUUACCAACAGGGCUUUCCUGCUAUAAGCUGUUUCAUAAAGAGAGAGUUGUAAGAAAAAGAACUUGGGAAGAGGCUGAGAGAUUCUGCCAAGCACUUGGAGCACAUCUUCCUAGUUUCAACCAAAUGGAUGAGAUGAAGGAAUUUCUGAAUUUUCUAAAGACCCAGCUGAGUGACCACCGUUGGAUAUGGGUAGGAUUAAAUAAAAGGAGUCCAGAUUCUCAAGGAUCUUGGCAAUGGAGUGACAAUACACCAGUAUCUACUGUGGUCAUAUCAAAUGAGUUUCAGGAAGAUUAUGACAUCAGAGAUUGUGCUGCUUUCAAAGUCAGCCAAAUUCAGUGGAGAAGACGUUGGCAUUUGUAUGAAAGCAGGAACUUGAUUAUUUACUUAAGACCUUUUGCUUGUGAUAUUGAACUUGAAUGGGCAUGCCAGAUACCAAAAGGACAGACUCCAAAGACACCAGAGUGGUUCAACCCUGAUCGGGCAGGAAUUCAUGGGCCACCAGUUGUUAUUGAAGGUAGUGAAUAUUGGUUUGUUCCUGAUAUUCACUUGAGCCAUGAUGAAGCAGUCUUGUAUUGUGCAAGUAAUCAAAGCUCCCUUGGGACUCUGAAGUCUCUCACAGCACUAAGUGCUAUUCGAGAAAAAAUUGAAAAUCUAUCUGAUGAUCAACAGAAGUGGUGGAUUAAAACUCUUGAUAACCUAAAAAAUUAUCAUGAUAUGAGCUUUCAUGCAUGGCAUCGCUUUCCUCUGAUAUAUGAAAAGGAGUGCUGGUACAUCUCUUCCAAGUAUUGGUUUAAAGAUUUAAACAAGCCCGUAGACUGCAGAAUCAAGCUUCCUUUCAUAUGUGAAAAAAAUAAUGUAUCUUCAUUAGAGAAAUAUAUUCCACCAUCCGCAGCUAAAGUCCAAUGCUCUGGGGAAUGGAUUUCAUUUAAGGACAAGUGUUUUCUAAAGCUUAAACCCAAACUUUAUGCAUUUUCUGAAGCCAAGGAAGUUUGUCAUACCUAUGGAGGAAACCUUCCUUCAGUCCUGAGCCAGAGUGAACAAGACUUCAUUACAUAUUUACUUCCUGAUUUGGGAGAUAGCAUUUGGAUCGGCUUGUUGAGAAGCACUACCACAAAGAUAAGCAAAUGGACUGACAACAACAAACUGUUGUACAGUAACUUCCAUCCAUUGUUGAAGGGACGAGAAAAAAGGAUACCAUUGGAUUUUUUUGAUGAAGACUCAAACAACCAUUGUGCUGUGAUGCUCAACCUUCAGAAGUCAGCUUUAACUGGGACAUGGAAUUUAACUUCCUGUAAAGAAGAACACAAUUUAUCUCUAUGUCAAAAAUAUUCAGAAAUCCAAGACAAUCGUACAUUGCAGAACACUUCUAGAACCAUAAAGUAUCAAAAUUAUUCAUACAAAAUAAUCCAGAAAGCAAUGACUUGGUAUGAUGCCCUGAUGGAGUGCCAAAAGGAGGACAUGCAGCUAGUAAGCAUCACAGACCCCUAUCAACAAGCUUUCCUUACUGUGCAGACUGUUAUGAAUAAUUCUUCAUUGUGGAUUGGACUCUCAAGCCAAGAUGAUGAACUCAACUAUGUCUGGUCAGAUGGAAAACAUUUCAGCUUUAGCCGCUGGUCUGAAAAUAGUGCACAAUUGGAAGAUUGUGUAAUUUUGGACACUGAUGGCUUCUGGAAAGCUUCUGGUUGCGGAAGCAUCCAAUCAGGUGCAAUCUGUUAUACUUCAGGAAAUGAGGCAGAAAAAGAGAUAAAGAAAGUUGACACUGUUAAAUGUCCAUCUACCAUUCUCAAUACACCCUGGAUACCAUUUCAGAAUAAUUGCUACAAUUUCAUGAUUGCCAAAAAUAGAUUCCUAGCAGUAACAAAAGAUGAAGUGCAACUUCAAUGUCAGAAGCUAAAUCCAAAGGCACAUGCUCUGAGUAUUCGAGAUGAGAAAGAGAAUGACUUUGUUCGUGAACAGCUUCUGUACUUCAAUUAUUUGGCUUCCUGGGUAUUGUUGGGUAUAACUUAUGAUGGUGAUUCAUUAAAGUGGUCUGACAAUACUACAUUGUCCUAUACCAAUUGGAAAACAGGAAGACCACUUAUAAAAAAUAAGAAUUUUUAUGCUGGCUUGAAUACGGAUGGCUUAUGGGAUAUCCGACUUUAUAAUAAAGUCGAAGAAGCACUUUAUUUUCACCAGCAUAGCAUUCUUGCUUGCAAAAUUGAAACAGUUGACUACAAGGAAGAAUAUAAUCGUACCCUGCCCCAAUUAAUUCCAUAUGAAGAUUCUAUAUAUAAUGUUGUUCAAAAAAAAUUCACAUGGUAUGAAGCCCUGAGAGAAUGUUCCCAGAGUGGGGGCUCUUUAACAAGUGUACAUGACAAAAAUGGUCAGCUCUUUUUGGAAGACCUUGCAAAACGCGAUGGAUUUCCAUUAUGGACUGGACUAUCAAAUCAUGAUGGAAGUAACUCAACUUUCGAAUGGUCUGAUGGAAGCACACUUGACUACAAUCCAUUGAAGGAACAAAAUUCUACAGGAAAUUGUGUCGUAUUGGAUCCUAAAGGAAUUUGGAGACGUGAAAAAUGUUACUCCGUUGUGGAUGGUGCUAUUUGUUACAAACCUAAAAAUCCUAAAAAGCAGCCCCUUCAAAAAUAUUCCUCACGAUGUCCAGAAACCAAAGGGAUCCAGUGGAUUCCAUUUGGAGAUUCCUGUUAUACAUUUAACAAGUCAUUGCACAAUUUCUCUGAGGCCAAACAGCUGUGUCCAAAACUUGAUAGUGCAGCAACCAUUGUUACCAUAAAAAAAGAGGAUGAGAACAUAUUUGUGAGCAGAAUGAUCAGAGAAAAUAAUUAUGUCACCAUGAAAGUCUGGCUUGGAUUAUCUCAACCCUCUGAUGAUCAGACUUGGAGCUGGUUGGAUGGUUCAGCAGCAGAAUACGUCAAAUGGGGAAAUGAAAGUAUGACUGUUAGUGGCAAGUGUAGCAUCUUGCUGGCUUCAAGUGAAACAUGGACCAAAGUCAAAUGUGAUCAAGGCCUCAGAAGAGUUGUCUGCAAAGUCCCUAUGGGAACAAACUACAGAGGAGUGGCUAUCGCAAUUGCUGUUCUGUUUUCCUUAGCUUUAGUUUGUGGACUGAUUUGGUACCUCUACCAAAAGAAACGUUUCCACUGGGCUGGCUUCUCUUUGGUGCGCUAUGACCAUGGGGUGAAUGAAGAUGAGAUUGUGCUUCCAUCAUUCCAUGACUGAUUUUCUUAAGCCUAUUGACUUGCCUUUUGUUAAAGAACAUUACAUUUUCAAAUAUAUUGCAAGGAGCAUGGUGUCUAUCUUCAACUGGACCAUAUUUAAAGCCUUUAGGAACAUUUUAGGUCCCUAAAAUUUUGGUGUUUUUUUCAGAUAUUCAUACUUAUAGGCCCAUGCCAGUUUUUAUUAUUUCAAUUAUUAGAGUGGAGAGACUAGGUUAAAAAACCAAAUUGCAAAUAGGACAGUUAGUGAAUGGACAUUGAACUGACCAUGUCACCUCGUAGGAUACAGAAUACACAAGAAAAUGAAUGAAUGCUAUUGUUCUAGUCAUGCAUCUCUAAUUGAUAGAAAAACUGAAAGCAGAAGUUGCAUUCUGCCUCCUGAACAAUGUAGCUUCCAUAUUUGUACAGUUUAAAAUCAGUAUACACUGGUUAUAAAAGAAAAAGUGUAUAAUCAGCAAGCAACCAAAUGUAAGUAUGACUGGAGGUGAGUGUGGUUUUCCCCACUAUUGAUAUAGUCUUUGACCAAGGACUAGAGAUAGGAGUUAAAGAGAAGGAGGAAAAGGAGAAGCAAUGGGAGAUCUUUUCCUAAUGUGAAACAAUGAGAAAAUGUUGACUGACUCAUUCAGUGCUUUGUAAAAUGCCAACAUUUGGCACAAUGUUUCUAGUACUACUCAUUUUGAUGAUAACUAAGAUUUCUUUCCUCUUUAAAAAAUCCCUUUCCUAUUCAUUAUUUUGCUUAGAAUGUUAUGGCUUCUAACCUUUAAAAGACUGCUUCUUCUUUUUCUAAGGUAUGGGAGUUGGGGGAUGCUAUUUUCAAGCUGUAUGGGCAUUUAGUGUUUACCCCAUUAUCGUGACAGUGUUUUUAUACAAUUACAUAUGUACUGAAGGUCAUUGUUUCCCAUCAAAGGGAACCAACUACAGCAGCAACUGGAAAAUGAGACAUGAUAUACCUCACUGGACUAAUUUUUGGCUAAGACAAUUUCAACUAAGACUGCUUUCCUGUGCUUUUUUUUUCUUCUUCAGACAAGAAUCAAGGACAUAUAUGAGCAAACAAUUGUUAAAUAUUUAUAAAGUGCCAGGGGCUGUGUUAAGCACUGGCUAUACAAAAAAAGACAAAAGCGGUGUCCGCCGUUAAGGAGUUCCUAUUCUAAUUAGGGGAAGAAGCAGCAUCUAAACAAGUCAAUACAAGAUAACCUUAAAGGGGAAAUUAGGACUAUAAAGAGAUAAUGGAUGUAUCCCAUACUUGUAAACAUAGAGAUUUUUAAGUUGAAAUUUAAAUUACAAUUCCUAAUAUAAUAUUUAAUAUUAUGAUUUGUCAAGGAAUAUUAAUUUUACAUGGCUAAUGCUAUAAUGUUUUAUAAUUUGGUGCCUAGUUCUAAUGAUGGCGCCCUCUGGCAAUGCUAAUUUUGUAUAAAUGUUUUAUUCAGUAUUCUACUUAUAAAUAUUUGCACUUCUGAGAAUUUUUGUAUACCAAUAUGCAUAGUUUUAUUUUAUAGCUUGCUCCCAAGGCUAUUAAAUUAUGUUAAAAUUGUGGAUAGUUUUCCAAAUCAGUCUUAAUAUACUUGGAAAAAAGCUUGUUUUAUUGAACUAAACAAAUGCCUUAAGUCCAUCAUACUGGUUUAUUUGCCCUAUUGCACAAUGUAGCAUCUGAGUCUAUAUCACUAAAAGAACUAAGACAAAUGUAUUUAUGGGAGGUGUGCAAAUAUGUACAGUAACUGUGCCUUAAAAAGUUUUUUAAUUAAAAAAAUUAAAAUGUAUUCUUUUGGGUAAUGAUUUUUCCAGAUUGGUAUUUGUUAUGUCUAGAGAAUGAUAUUAUGAGAAAAUAAAUCCCAAUUAAUAUUACCUGCCAAUCAAAUCUUUAAUCAAUGGUAUAAAAUGAAAUUGUCAUCUAUACAUUUCUAAUAGGCCCAUUUUCAUCAAUUGGGAACUGACUCAUUCAGAAAAUAAUACAUAUAUUUUCUGGAUUUCUUGGAUAAGCCAAAACUGACUGCCACUUAAAUUCAGUAACAGGCUGUCUGUUUCAAUAUGGACAAGUUUGGAGGAGGAAGGGGGAAAGGGAAGAGCCUUAGGGAAAACUGAUGUAUAUAUACAUUUAUGAGAGAGGACCACAUUGAGCCUAUGGCAUAGGCAAAGUAACUGUAGAGGUGGUAUAAUUGAAGUGGUACCUCAAAAUCAAUCUACACUGUUAUCUUUUUCAUGACAAAUAGCUGCCCAAUCUAUGAGAGAUAGUUUGCCCACCUACCUAUCCAACAAAAUCCUGAGAUCUACAACAGAUCAAAUAAUCUAGAAAAUCAAUGAGAAACUCCAGGAAGUAACAUCUUCCACCCCAAAACUGCACAAAAAGUAGACCAUGACAAAAGGGGAAAGGGCCCCCCUCUAGCAAAGUAAACACUAGUUUGAACAAACUAUGUACCUGGAAAUGGAACACUCUUCUGAGAAAACUCGAGGGUAGAGAUCUUAGAAGCCCUGGAGAGUGGCAAUGAUUAGCCAGCAAUGGUGCCAACCAACAAGAGCUACAAUGAUCAGAUCCUAACAGCUCAGGAUCAAGGACUCUGAGGUCCUUAGCACUUCAUUAUGGGUUGCCAGGGAGAGACCUGAAGAUGCUGUAUUCUGAACCUCAGAUUAUAAGGAAGGGGGGAACAUUUUAAAUCAGGGGAAGUCAAUGCAAAACCCAGGGGAACCUAGGAUAAGAUUAAGUGGGGCCAACAUCCCAUUCAGGAGUUUGGUGGGAGCAUAGAGGGAAAAGCUAGACUCUGCCACAAAGUCCCAAUUCUGGAGUUUUGAGCUGCAGGGAGCUAAGGCAAUCAGGUGUCUUUAUUGUCUUUCCAAUGUGGGUAGCAGGAGUUCCCCAGACCAUCUAAGGAGAGGCAAACCAGCCCAGGUCAGAAAUCAGUCAAUCAGUGAACAUUUAUUUAGCACCUCCUAUGUGCCAGACACUGUUCUAAAGCACUAGGGAUACAAAAAAAAAAAGUAAAGAUGUAAGUCAUAUGCAUAGAAGUAGUGAUUGAAAUGAUAGGACUAAAUGAGAUUUCCAAGGAAGGAAAUGGAGAGAAAAUAAGUGCUAUAGACAGAUCCUUGGAAGACAUAUAUUAAGAGUUUAGAAAGAGAAUGAAAGAGGUGGGUAGAAUAACUUAUAAAUAGCCAGACCUGGAGUCUGUGGACCUGGGUUCAAAUCUGGCCUCAGAAACUUCAUAGCUCUGUGACUCUGGGGAAGCCACUUAACCCCUAUUGCAUAGCCUGUACUGCUCUUCUGCCUUAGAAAUGAUGCUAAGUAAAACUGUGGGAGUGAAAACACCAAAGAAAAACAACUGCUCAAUGACCUGGAUCGAAGGGGAUAUGAUUGGGGAUAUAGACUCUAAAUGAACAUCCUAGUGCAAAUAGCAACAGCAUGGAAAUGGGUUCUGAUCAAGGACACAUGCAAUACCCAGUGGAAUUGCAUGUCAGCUAUGGGAGGGGAGGGAGGAAUAGAAAAUGAUUUUUGUAACCAAAAAAUAAUGUUUGAAAUUGACCAAAUAAAAUAAAAUAAAGUUUAAAAAAAAAAGAAUCUCUCAUAAAGAAAAAAAAAGAAAUGAUACUAAGUGAAGAGGAUAGAUAUGAUGAUUUGAUAAAUGAUGGGCCAGGAAGGUGUGGUAUCUCUUAAAGCAAAGGGAAUAUAGAUAGUCUACAAUAGUAAGGAGUAAUCAACAGCCUAAAGUUUUAGAUGUAAAGGAGCAUAAGAGCUGAGAAAAUUUGAGUGAUCUUUUUAUUUUCCCUUUCUUUUUUGUUUUUUAAGAAUAGGUCUUCCUGACUCCCCCACGCUGGCCUGAUUGACCUAUAAGCUUUGAUCGGUUCUUUUUCCAAUCUAGGUCAGGUUGCCCAUCCUCAUGCAGCCCAGUGGGUCCUCCUCAGUUCCAGGGGCUCCCCAUAUUGGUGCCAGACCAAGUGAAGACUAUUGAUCUGACUUAGCUAUACUGAACACCAGAAUUUAGGAAUUCACCAGCCUCAAUCUUUCUAGCAGCAAGGCUUAUAAGACCAUUAGAAGAAUAGUUUUAAUAAAAUGGUUGGAAUAGAUAAAAUGGAAGCAUUCCUCUGGGUUCCCAAAUGAAAAAUUACAUACUAUCACCUGUAUGGAUUUCAGGUCUUUGCCCCUCUCAUACUCUAUUUGGAGAUAUUUUUCUAGCCCCUGGAAGCUACUGUUCUCUCACCUUCAGCUUCUUCCCCCUAUUCUUGAUUGAGCACAAAAAAUUUCCUCCAGCUUUUGUGGUUAUGUUGAAAGAUCCACUUGCUUUGGCAUUGUCAGCUCAGUGAUCUUCAGAUCAAAGUUUCCUCCUUCUUCAUCCCUCCGCCCGGGUUUUCCCAUAUCUUACUCUUAGAAGGAGCCUGUUUUCCAAUUUGACGAUAUUGAUUUUGGAUCUUGUACCUCCUUGCCCUAGCACUCUUUUCUUCAGUUAAGCAGAGGGGACAACAAAGACAAUAGAUACCCUUCUGUGCUCUUACUCUACUGGUCCCAAUCACUCUCAGGCUCUCAACAUGAUGAAUAUAUAAAGAACUAAGGCAUCAUUUGGCUUUAUAUAAUAUUACCAAGAUAAUUUCAUAAUAAUUCCAUUAAUGUAUUAUGUCCAAACCUCAUUGCAUUGGAAAUUUAAUUUGGCAAAUAUUUCUCAAGUAUAUGUUCUGUGUGGAUCACUAUGAAAGAGUAUGGGGUAGAUUUAGAAUUUGAAGAAAAUAUAACUCCUGUUCUCAGGGACAUUAGUCUCUAGACCCUGGUACAGACCCCCAGAGGGAUCCAUGGAUAGAUUUCAAAGGAUCCAGGAACUCAAUUAGGGAGAAAACAAAACAAUAAUUUUCAAUAUAAUUGAAUUUUUUUUGCAAUCCUAUGCAUUUGAUGCAUUGAAAAAGAGUAUUCUGAGAAGAGAUGUAUAGGAUUCCCCAGAUUGCCAAAGGGAUCCAUGAAACAAAAGCAUACACACCCUUUCCUAGCCCCAUCUCACAUCAUCCUCCACCUUUGGUACAUUAAGUCAUUGUUGGUGGAUCUGUGAACUAUUCUAGCCAUUUUGGAAAGUAGUUUUGGAACUAUGACCCCAAAAUGUAUUAAACCUAGCAAUAUCACUAUUAUCAUCCCUAAGAGACAAAAGAAAGAUGAAAAGGAUCCAUGUCUAAAAAGAUAUUUAUAUUGACUCUUAAUUGUGGCAAAGAAUUGGAAAUUGGGGGGAUGCCUUUCAAUUGAGAAAUGACAUACCAGUUAUUUCGUAUGUAUAUGAUGAAUUACUACUAAGCUAUAUAUAAGAAAUGAGGAGGACAAUGGUUUUAGAAAAAACUGGGAAAACUUAUAUGAACUGAUGCAACAUGAAGUUAGCAAAGCCAGGAAAACAAUUUAUACUAUAUCAACAAUACUUAAGAUACAGAGUAACUGCAAUAAUUGCACAAUUAUCUGCAGAUCAUGUACAGUUCCAAAAUGUUUAUUCAGGAUGAAGCUAAAGAUUUUUCUGGAUCUCUCUUUCUUUCUCCCCAAACCCAAUACUUGCUUUUUUCCCCCUUUACUUCUUUACUUUACUACAAGUUAAAUGCAUAAAAUCUAAAAAACUAAAGAAAAGGUAGCAUUAAUUGCUGAUAAAAGUCUAAUAUGUCACCUCCUUCUAGGUAAUACUGUAUUUAAUAUUUUCUAAUGGCAAAAGGAGUGCAUAAUAUAAAGAAUUUCAGCCAUUAAUAAGGCCAAGAGCAGAGAAUCUUUGAAUCCAGGGGACUUUUAGCCCCCCCAUCAAAAAAAAAAAAGUAACACCAUGUAAUUGAUCCUGAUAAAUUCUUUGAAUACAUAUAUUCAGGCUAAGAACUUGAAUCUUGACCCAUACCAGCUUUGUGAUUCUAGUCAAGUCAUUUAACCACUUAAUUCUCUAGGUACUCUAUUUUUAACCCUUACUUUCUCCCUUAGAAACAAUACUAAGUAUAAGUUCUAAAACGGAAGAACAAUAAGAAAAUGGGGUUAAUUGACUUGUCUAGAAUCAUACAGCUAGAAAGUGUCUGAGGCUAUAUUUGAACCCAGGACCUCCAUGUCUGACUCUCUAUCCACUGAGCUACCUAGCGGCCCCUUACUCUAGGUAUGCUUAUAGCUAAUC